AUGGCCGGCCAGUUUGACCGACACCCGUUCCUCCUCGCUCCAAAUGACGUGGCAGCCGCCCUGAAGACAGAUGUCGACAAAGGCUUGAAUUCGGCGCAAGUUGCGCAGCUACAGCAGGAAUACCCUCGCAAUGAGCUCGACAUCGGGGGAGCAAUCCCCUGGUACACGAUUUUCAUCAAACAGCUCUUCAAUGCUAUGAUCUUGGUCCUCUUCUUUGCAACGAUUGUCAGUCUUGCUAUCCAGGAUUGGAUUGAGGGUGGAGUUCUUGCUGUGGUCAUCGUACUCAAUGUCUCAAUCGGCUUUUUACAAGAGUAUAAGGCCGAGAAGAAGAUGGAUGCUCUCAGAGCUCUGUCUUCUCCUUCGGCAAGCGUUAUUCGUGAUGGAAAGGUUCAAGUUAUCUCCAAUCCUGAGGUAGUUCCUGGUGACAUUGUCAUUCUGAAAAUGGGUGACACGGUACCUGCCGACCUGCGAAUGUUCGAAACCAUGAAUCUCUCUUGCGAUGAACAGAGCUUGACAGGCGAGGCCCUCCCUGUGGAGAAGUCGAUAGAAAAUGAUAUCACGGUUCCUGGCACCGAAAAGCUGGCCUCCGAAGAGGGUGAGGUUGGCAUCGGUGAUCGUGUGAACAUUGCGUAUGCCACCACUGUUGUCCGAAAGGGUCGUGGUCGGGGUAUCGUGAUUGCGACAGGAAUGCAAACUGAGGUUGGCAAGAUUGCUGCCUCAACCACUAAAAGGACAAGGAAGCCUGGAAGAUCCAUGAACUGGAAGAAGUACGGCAAGGCGGCUCCCCUCAAAGGAGGAUUCAAGCGGGCUUACGAUUUCUUCGGCAAAUUCUUGGGCCUGACCGAGGGCACACCGCUCCAGAUUCGACUGAGCAAGCUGGCUUAUGUCCUGUUCUUCUGCGCACUGCUUUUGGCAGUCAUUGUGUUUGCAGUCAACCGCUUCCGGAUGACCAACGAGGUUAUUAUUUAUGCCAUCUCCACUGGAAUUGCCAUUAUUCCGGAAAGUCUGGUUGCUGUGUUGACCAUCACAAUGGUCGUUGCGACGACUGUCAUGCGCAAGGCUAACGUUGUCGUCCGAGAUCUAUCUGCCUUAGAAGCGCUUGGAGGUGUGACCAACAUCUGCUCCGAUAAGACCGGAACUCUGACUCAGGGCGCCAUGAUAGUUCGGAAAGCUUGGUUGCCUUUCUCCAACGUCUACACUGUUCAUGACUCUGAGGACCCCAGUGACCCAAGUAUUGGGAGAGUUACUUAUCGCAGCGUGCCUAUCGACGCGCCUGAGGAGCCAAAGCAGGAGCGUGACUUCGAUCAGGAGCGAAGCGCUCCAGCGCUUAAGUUUGACGUGCCACAGGAGAAGCUCGAGCAGAACGACAAAGACGAGUCGAAAGAGAAGGAGGCUGAAGCCAGCCCAGACCUGCACGCCUUCCUAAUUGCGUCCUCUCUCUGCAACCUCGCGACAGUGCGAUAUGACGACCAGGAAUCCAAGUGGCAGACAACAGGGGAGCCGACUGAAAUCGCCCUGCAGGUUUUCUCUCAUCGCUUUGAAAUUCGGAAGAAGGAGCUCGAGGCCAAUGGCUGGAAGCAAAUCGCUGAAUUCCCCUUCGACAGCAGCAUCAAGCGAAUGUCAGUGGUGUACAAUGCACCCGACGGCAAUCCUUACAACGUGCCAUCCAAGGGCAGUAUCAUCUACACCAAGGGUGCCGUCGAGCGUGUUCUCGAUCUUUGCUCGACCAUUGGCACUGGUGACAUCCAGGAGCCCUUGACAGAUGAGAUCAAGGACAAAGUUUUGACUCAGAUGGACAACCUCGCUUCGCAAGGCCUACGUGUUCUAGCGGUUGCUACCAAGGAAUGGGAUGGUCGUUUCGCCUCAGUGUCUAGCCCAGCCGAGACUGAAAAUGAUGAAGCACUCCGAGGCCAGGUCGAGAACGGCUUGACUUUACUCGGUCUUGCCGGUAUUUACGACCCGCCUCGACGAGAGACCACGCCUGCUAUCGGGGAAUGUGCCAGCGCAGGUAUCAAGGUGCACAUGCUUACUGGUGACCAUCCCUCCACCGCCAGGGCCAUCGCCAAAGAAGUCGGCAUCAUCCCGCGCAACCUGUCCAUCCUGCCCGCGGGUACUGCGGACUCGAUUGUUCUCAAGGCUACCGAUUUCGACAAGCUGACCGAUGCGGAGAUCGACGCCCUGGAGGAGCUGCCAUUGGUCAUUGCUCGUUGCGCCCCGGACACCAAGACGCGCAUGAUUGAGGCCCUCCGAAGACGCAAGGCGUUCAUGGCUAUGACUGGUGAUGGUGUCAAUGACGCGCCGUCGCUUGCUAACGCAGACGUCGGUAUCGCGAUGGGAAGCGGCUCUGACGUCGCCAAGUCGGCAGCCAAGAUCGUGCUAACGGAUGACAAGUUCAACUCGAUUGUCGCGGCCAUCCGCGAGGGAAGGCGCAUGUUUGACAACAUCCAAAAGUUUAUCCUGCACCUGCUCACAUCCAACGUCGGCGAGGUCAUCCUCCUGAUCUGCGGCCUAGCGUUCCAGGAUGCCAGCGGGUUGUCCGUGUUCCCCAUUUCGCCGCUCGAGAUCAUCUGGAUCAACAUGAUCACCUCGUCCUUCCCUGCCUUCGGGCUGGGUCGGGAGAAGGCCGCAUCAGACGUUAUGAGGAAGCCCCCCCACGCCAAGGGCAUCUUCACGAGACAGAUCAUGGUUGACAUGGCCGUGUACGGACUCCUUAUGGGUGUCUGCACCCUUGCGACGUUCGUGAUUGUCAUCUACGGGGUCAACGGCGGCAACCUGGGCUCGGACUGCAACAGGACCUACUCCGACGCGUGCGUUCCUGUGUUCAAGGCCCGGGCCGCUGUCUUCGCGGAGCUGACGUGGCUGAUCCUGCUGUCUGCGUGGGAGUUCAAGCACCUGCGGAGGUCCAUGUUCGCGCUGAACCCGGAGCGCCACGGGCCCUUCCAGUUCUUCAAGGACGUCUACGCCAACCGGUUCCUCUUCUGGGCCGUGUCGAUCGGCAUGGUGUCCGUCUUCCUGACCGUCUACAUCCCCGUGGUGAGCACCGACUUCUUCAAGCACGCGGCCAUCACGUGGGAGUGGGGCCUCGUGGUUGGCUUCACGGCCGUCUUCAUCGCGGGCAUGGAGACGUGGAAGGCGAUCAAGCGGGCCUUCCACCUCCUGGACGACCACGCCGUCGUGCAGGGCGCCUUCUCGCAGGGUAGCGUCGAGGGCAGGAGGCUCAGCACCGCGCUCAGCUUCUCCAGCCUCAAGGGCUGGGCGAGCUUCGGGAAGAGGCACAACACGGGCGAGGCCUCUAGCCACAGCCGUACGAGGACCAAGGAGAAGGUCGAUGCCUCUCCCAACGGUCGGUCGGAUUCCGGGGAGAAGAUCUCGACGAAUGUUUGA